AAAGUCCAUAUAAACUCCAAGAGAAGAAGAGGAAGAGCCGAAGAAGCGUGUGGAGAUAUUUUGCUGUCAAAAGUGCGUUUAUUAUUUGAUUUUUAAAAUGAGUCGCACUUAUAACGAUGAGCUUCAGUAUCUGGAUAAAAUCCACAAAAACUGCUGGCGGAUCAAGAAAGGUUUCGUGCCUAACAUGCAGGUGGAGGGUAUUUUCUAUGUCAACGAUCCUCUGGAGAAACUGAUGUUUGAGGAGCUGAGAAACGCCUGUCGUGGUGGAGGGUUUGGUGGUUUCUUACCUGCUAUGAAGCAAAUUGGAAACGUCGCCGCCCUGCCGGGAAUCGUGCAUAGGUCUAUUGGCUUACCCGACGUCCACUCUGGAUAUGGUUUUGCCAUCGGAAACAUGGCUGCAUUUGACAUGGAAAACCCGGAUGCCGUGGUCUCUCCCGGUGGUGUCGGGUUUGACAUCAACUGUGGCGUGAGACUGCUGCGGACGAACCUGGAUGAGGGCGACGUGCAGCCGGUGAAGGAGCAGCUGGCGCAGUCCAUGUUUGACCACAUUCCCGUCGGAGUCGGAUCCAAGGGCGUCAUUCCGAUGGGAGCAAAAGAUCUGGAGGAAGCUCUGGAGAUGGGUGUGGAUUGGUCUCUGAGGGAAGGAUACGCCUGGGCCGAGGAUAAGGAACACUGUGAGGAAUACGGCCGAAUGCUGCAGGCCGAUCCCAACAAAGUCUCGUCCAAAGCCAAGAAGAGAGGACUGCCACAGUUGGGAACGUUGGGUGCAGGAAACCACUACGCCGAGAUUCAGGUGGUGGAUGAGAUCUUCAAUGAUUACGCCGCAAAGAAGAUGGGCAUCGACCACAAGGGCCAGGUGUGUGUGAUGAUCCACAGCGGCAGUCGAGGCCUCGGCCACCAGGUGGCGACAGAUGCUUUGGUUGCAAUGGAGAAGGCGAUGAAGCGAGACAAGAUCACUGUGAAUGACCGUCAGCUGGCCUGCGCUCGCAUCACAUCUCCUGAGGGUCAGGACUAUCUGAAGGGCAUGGCGGCCGCCGGAAACUACGCCUGGGUCAACCGCUCCUCCAUGACCUUCCUCACUCGCCAGGCGUUCUCUAAAGUCUUCAACACGACCCCAGACGACCUGGACAUGCAUGUCAUCUACGACGUCUCUCACAACAUCGCCAAGGUGGAGGAGCACAUGGUGGACGGCAAACAGAAGACGCUUCUCGUGCACAGGAAGGGCUCGACGCGGGCGUUUCCUCCACACCAUCCGCUCAUACCUGUCGACUAUCAGCUAACGGGUCAACCGGUUCUGAUCGGAGGAACCAUGGGCACCUGCAGUUACGUGCUGACGGGCACAGAGCAGGGCAUGACGGAGACGUUUGGCACCACGUGUCAUGGAGCGGGUCGAGCUCUAUCCAGAGCCAAAUCCAGACGCAACUUGGACUUCCAGGAUGUUCUGGAUAAACUGGCAGACAUGGGCAUCGCCAUUAGAGUGGCGUCACCAAAGCUGGUGAUGGAGGAGGCUCCUGAAUCCUACAAGAACGUCACAGAUGUGGUAAACACGUGUCAUGACGCCGGCAUCAGUAAGAAGGCCAUCAAGCUCCGACCCAUCGCUGUGAUUAAAGGGUAAAACAUCACGACGGAGGCGGAGCAAGGCCCUAAAUACUCCGACCGGCUGACCGCAGUCCGUUUCCUACGGCGCUGAAGGACUGCAUCUCAAAUAUUUCUGCACUUAUGAAGGUGGAGUGGCUCAAGUCAGCGUUAUUUUUGGUUUGUUUAGGGUUAAAGGUGAAAUGUUUACACUAAUAAAAAUGUUCACUCAGCACAUUGUCUGAAUUGAUUACAGCUGGAAAUCAAACUGAGAUUAGUAAAUACUUUAUUGGUCAUGACAAAAGAUCCACAAAAGGGAGUGAGAGGGGCGUGUCCCAGCAUAUCAAAAAUAAAUCAAGUUUACACAAAGAUA